CGUCUAUCUUCACUCACUCAUCCGAACCACGAUGUAGGAACCUGUUGCUUUUAUGUUUCUGCGACGUAUCGCUGAGAAAGUUAUUAUACGAAGUUGUUUAAACUAAAGUAAGGCCUUGUGAUACUACACUGCCAUUCUACGAGCACAAGCAAGACACCAGCAAUGCUCAAUUUCUUAAUUCACUGCCUUUUGGCGUUAUGCUUAGCUUCUUCUUCUUGCGCUAUUAUGAUAGGAAAAAUGAGAAACAAGGAAGAACCAGGAACUAACGUAGUUCAAACUUCACGGUUUUUGUUCCCCAGAACAAAUGACAUACCACCAUGCAAGACGGAUCAUGGUCUGUUUGGCCAAUGUGUGGAUGUUCGUCUCUGCUAUGCAGCUAGAAGAGCAGUCAGUACUGGAAACCAUCCUGUGCGCUGCGGAUGGAUCAAUAAUUAUAUACCUAUGGUGUGCUGCCAUCCUGAUCAAGUCCAGCAUCCUAAACUUGUAUUCAGGUCUUACAGAUCUCGCAGAAGGAACUGGGCAACAUGAAUUGAAUCAAUGCUGUCUUCGAAUUUGCUUACUAUUCGUUUUUUCGGCCUCUGCUUGCUUCAUUCAUAUAAGUUUUCGUUCUCAUUCACAUUUGCAGUUGUUGUUAAAGAAAAUAAAUUUUUAUGUUUUCUAACAA